GCUCCCUGGAGGAUGGACCCAAACUCAGUGAGGACUAAAGUCCCGGCCUUCUUAUCGGACUUGGGAAAAGCUACGCUCAGGGGAAUAAGGAAAUGUCCCCGCUGCGGCACUUACAAUGGCACCCGAGGGCUGAGCUGCAAGAACAAAACCUGCGGGACGAUUUUUCGCUACGGCGCUCGGAAGCAGCCUGGAGUCGACGCCGUGAAGAUCAUCACGGGCUCGGAUCUGCAGAUCUACUCGGUACGGCAGAGAGACCGGGGGCCAGACUACCGGUGCUUUGUGGAGCUGGGAGUUUCAGAGACGACCAUCCAGACAGUGGAUGGAACCAUCAUCACGCAGCUCAGCUCCGGACGCUGCUAUGUCCCGUCGUGUUUGAAGGCAGCCACUCAAGGCGUGGUGGAAAACCAGUGCCAGCACAUCAAGCUGGCUGUGAACUGUCAGACCGAGGCCACCCCUUUGACCUUGAAAAGCUCCAUCUUAAACUCCAUGCAGGCCUCCCCCGAAACUAAGCAAACCAUCUGGCAGCUGGCAACGGAGCCCACCGGCCCCCUGGUUCAAAGGAUUACCAAGAAUAUCCUGGUAGUGAAGUGCAAGGCCAGUCAGAAGCACAGCUUGGGGUAUCUCCACGCCUCCUUUGCUCAGAAGAUGAGCAAUAAGAAUGUGCCAGAGCACAGGUUUCUCUGCUCGUGCCAGACUCUGAAACCCAGCAAGGCCAGCUCUGCCAAGGAAGAGGCUGCCCAGAGAUGCAUUCACUUCUUCGCCUGCAUCUCUGCCUUUGCCAGCGACGAGACCCUGGCGCAGGAGUUCUCGGACUUCCUCAGUUACGAUUCCAGCGGUCUCAAAGGGAUCAGAGUGCCCCAGUUAGUUUGCCAUCCUGAAUCCACCGUGCAGGCUGGCGAGCCCACUGCUUCCAAGCCAAAAAAGAGGAAAAAAGAUGAAGCAUCUGGUACACAAGGAAAUAGUCCACUCCUGGCUCAAGAUCCAGCCAACUGCAAUCUGAAGAAAAGUGGACUGAAAAAGCCGGCUGUUGCGUCUUCACUAAAAAGGCAAGCCUGUAAUCAGCUGCUGGAUGAGUCACAGGUGACCUUGUCCUUCCAAGAAUGGCUGGCCAGUGUCACCGAACGCAUCCAUCAAACCAUGCAUUACCAAUUUGAUGGCAAACCAGAGCCACUGGUGUUCCAUAUACCACAGUCUUUCUUCGAUGCCCUGCAGCAGAGGAUUUCCAUAGGAAGCACAAAGAAACGGCUGCCUAAUUCCACUACAGCUUUUGUCCGGAAAGAUGCCCUUCCCUUGGGUACCUUCUCCAAAUACACCUGGCACAUUACCAACAUCCUGCAGGUCAAGCAAAUAUUUGACACUCCUGAGAUGCCCUUGGAAAUCACACGCAGCUUCAUCCAGAACCGGGAUGGGACCUAUGAACUGUUUAAGUGCCCGAAGGUUGAAGUGGAGAGCAUCGCGGAGACGUACGGGCGCCUGGAGAAGCAGCCGAUUCUCCGGCCCUUGGAACUCAAAACCUUCCUCAAAGUUGGCAACACAUCACCUGAUCAAAAGGAACCGACCCCUUUCACUAUUGAGUGGAUCCCGGAUAUUUUACCCCAGUCCAAGAUUGGUGAGCUGAGGAUUAAGUUUGAAUAUGGCCAUCACAGGAAUGGACAUACCACUGAAUACCAGGAGCAACGCCCUUCACUAGAACAGACCCUGGAGCUGACGCCUCUAACCACCAUCACUUUUCCUUGACCUAACACCCAGCCCCUCUCCCCGCUAAGUUUGCACUGCCCUGCUCCGUGGUCUCUCUGCCC